AUGGCGUUCCUCGUCGCCGGGUGUCUCCUCGUGUACUUUAGCCACCGCGUGACGUCGUCGGGCUGGCUCGAGGCCUUUGGCGACGGCGACUACGCGUGGAUCGGUCCGUCGACGCUCGUGUUUCUGCUCGUGCUGGGCGCGCUCGUCAUGGCGCUCUCGUCGCUCGGGUGCUUCGGGGCGCUGCUCCAGCAGAAGCUCUUGCUCACGGUCUACGCGCUCGUGCUCGCGCUCACGCUCGUGCUCUUUGGCGUGAUGGCCGUCGGCGGCCACGUGGCCCAGUCGACGGCCACCGAGUGGCAGGCGCAGGCGUACCCCGUCACGGCCAAAGAAGCGUCGCUUGGCGCGCACUUUAGUCGGCUCUACUGCCACGCGCAGGUGCCGCACUACUGCUACGACGCGACGGUGCACACGGUGCUCGACAUGUUCAACGUGUCGCUCGCCGACCACUUUCUCGACUCGACGACCAACUUCACCAACGUCUGCGCCGCCGUGACGCUCCCGGCCAUCGGCCCCGUCUGUGCCGUGUGCACGUCGAUGGCCGCAGCGGCCGCCGAGUAUGCGAUGGUGCGGGACUGGGCCGAGGCGUCGUGUCCCCGGACCAGCGCGAACGAGCUCUGGUGCGGCCGCUUCCUGCUCAACAACGCCACAGCCACUGGCGCCGAUGCAAUAGACGGCACGGCGCCGUUCCUCGCGUGUCGCCGCGGGUUUUACGACCUCGUCGAGAAGUGGACGCACGUGGUGCUGGUCGGCAGCGUCGUUUGCAUUGCGGCAGCGCUCGUUGGACUGGGUAUGACGCGCGUGCUGUGGCGGAACGUGCAGCUCGCGCACCGACCAAAGGACCGGCGGCUGACCGCCAGUACGAUGCCAGUGGAUCACUAUGACGACCCGCACGUGGGCUUCUCGCAACGCAGCGAGGCGACAAACACUGGCGCGUUCAGCAUGUACUCGACGACGGCAGCUCGGGACCCGACAGCUGCGCACCGUCGAUACAAUAGCCCGUUCUAG